AUGGCGCAGAUGCACCGAGAAGAUGCUGAAUCCGUCACGACGGAUAAGAAAGUCUUAGACGGAGGAGGAGGAGGAGGCGGCGGAUCUUCCGCGUCAUCGUUCAAAUUCAACGCUGAGGCACCGGAGUUCGUACCGCAAUCGCGUGCCGCCGUAACUACACCGCAGGUUUCUCCGAUCUCCGGUUACUUUUAUCCUUGCUUUCACUACAGCGACGGAGGAGGGACGGCCGUCGGCUCUCAGGCGUCGGAUUGGUUCUUCGUCGGAGGAGGAGAUCCUGGUCAGCAUCAGCACAUUCAUGAUCCGGCGGCUGCGUAUUACGUUCCGAGUCCGGCGGUUCAGUUUCCGGUGAAUCAGAACUCUUCUUCUUCUUCGUUGCUUUCCGAUGAUCUUCGUCUUAAGAUCGUCAAACAGGUAGAGUACCAAUUCACGGACAUGAGUCUCCUAGCCAAUGAGUCCAUCUCCAAGCACAUGAACAAAGACCCUGAAGGCUAUGUGCCAAUAUCUUACAUUGCUUCGACCAAGAAGAUCAAGGCUUUGACAAGUAACCACCAUUUAGUAUCAUUGGCUCUACGCUCUUCCUCUAAGCUUGUCGUGAGUGAAGACAACAAGAAAGUUAAGCGUAAAGUUCCAUUUACUGACAGAGACAGAGAGGAUUUGCAGGGCCGAACUGUUGUUGCAGAGAAUUUGCCAGAUGAUCACUCUUACCAGAACCUUGAGAAGAUCUUUGGAGUUGUUGGAAACGUUAAAGCGAUUCGAAUCUGUCAUCCUCCAGAAUCAAACUCCUCUCGUCCUAAAGGAGAUUUCUUGAUGAGCAACAAAAUUCACGCACUUAUCGAGUAUGACCACACUGUUGUCGCGGAUAAAGCUGUGGAGAAGCUGAACGAUGAAAGAAACUGGAGGAAAGGACUUCGUGUGAGGCUGCUUCUUAGAUGCUCGCCCAAAUCAGUCCUCAAGCACAGAAGAAACUUUGAUGGCAUCCUCAUAGAUGAUGAAAGUCCAUAUGAAUCAGGAGAAGAGUCUCCACGUCUCCAUUUAACCGAGCAUCAGCUUGAUAACGACGGUGAUGACACCAAUCUUGGAGGACUAUGGGGAAAAGGGAGAGGAAAAGGAAGAGGACGAUCUCCAAGAAGCUAUGCGAUAGGAGGAGGAGAACGUAGCUUGGGGAUAGGGUUAGGACUCAGCCUCGGCCCAAUGUCACCGAGCCUAGGCCUACACGGAUCUUCGUCUCCAAAAACAGCAACAAAGGGACCAAGGAUGCCUGAUGGAACAAGAGGCUUCACCAUGGGACGUGGCAAACCCGUUAAUCUCAGUCUUAUCUAA